UAUAAGUGGCCGGUUCCCCUUCGCUUACCGGAGUCUACAUUCCUGUUGGUCAUCCAACAGUUCUCUGGAGCCCUUAGUAGUUUUUCAUACAGAUAGAGCGAAGAACAUAUAUUAUACUAUUUAUUGCAGAACAUGGGUUCUCUUUCUACGAAAAAGCUCAAACGAGAGCCCUUGAAGAAGGGGUCGUCUAUCGAUCAUCUCGAAUAUGUCGAUAGCACCCCUAUCAUCGGGCGGGAAUACCCCACCGCGAAGCUCAAGGACAUGCUGAAAGCCCCCAAUGCUGAAGAACAGUUGCGAGACCUUGCGAUCACCAUCUGCGAGCGCGGUGUAGUCUUCUUCAGAGCCCCCCAAGAUGAUCUUUCUAUCGAAGAGCAGAAAUAUAUCACGGACUUGCUUGGCAAGCUAACGGGACGACCUCCCGAGAAUGGGCUGCACGUACACCCCCUGUAUAAUGACCCCAACAAUCUCCCCAUGGCAGACGGUACCACCGACAGGCAGAUCUAUGUCAUCAACUCCGAGGCGGCCAAGAAGUUAUAUGCCACAAUGAAGAACCGUCCCGGCUCAGCCAGCGAGCCUCGAGACCUGGGCCGGGAAUGGCAUAGCGACAGCCUCUUCGAGAACUGCCCCUCAGACUUCUCCUUCCUCCGCAUGCAAGACACCCCACCCGCCGGCGGCGACACCCUCUGGGUAUCCGGCUACGAGCUCUACGACCGGCUAUCCCCUCCCUACCAGAAAUUCCUCGAGACCCUGACCGCGACGUGCGCGCAGCCCGUCUUCGAGUCCGCCUGCAAGGCCGGCGGGUACGACGUCACGUCGCCCCGCGGGUCGCCCCUCAACAAGGACUACGAGUUUUCGCCGUCGCACCCCGUGGUCCGCACGCACCCCGUCACCGGGUGGAAGUCGCUGUUCGCGGGCGUGGGGCUGCACGUCAGUCGGAUUAAUGGCGUGUACUCGUACGAGGACCAGAUGAUCCGCGAUUAUGUGUUGAGGCUUAUUACGCGGAACCAUGAUUGCAUAGCUAGGAUGCAUUGGACGAGGGGGGCUUGUGCGAUUUGGAGUAAUGUGUGCACUUUGCACGCUGCUACUCCCGACACGCAUCUUGUAGAGGGUAUUAGGACAGGUGUACGGGCUUCGGGGACCGGCGAAGUGCCAUAUCUUGACCCAGCGAGCACCGGAAGGAGAGAGGCGCUAGGAAUUCCACGAUUUUGAGUCUUUCGUAUGAUAAGGGAAGUGGAAGAUCAUAUGUCUUAGUUCGGUACCUGUUAUAUCCUCUCAAGUAUUGUAGAAUUUUCCUGCCGUGCUCGAGUUAGUAUAAUUCGACUUAUACAAGACAUAAAACUACCUUGAA